AGGCUGCCCGGCCCCGGCCCCGGGCCGCCCGCGCUCCCCAUGAAAAACCAGCUCCGCGGCCCUCCAGCGCGAGUGCACAUGUCGACUUCGGGGGCGGCGGCGGCUGGGGGCACCCGGGCGGGGUCGGAACCGGGUGUGGGGUCUGGGUCCGGCGCAGGCACCGCUACGGGCGCGGCGACAGGAGCGGGGGCCAUGCCCUGCAAGAGCGCCGGGUGGCUGCAGGAAGAGCUGGAGGCGCGCGGCGGCGCGUCUCUGCUGUUGCUGGAUUGCCCGCCCCACGAGCUCUUCGAGUCGUCGCACAUUGAGACGGCCAUCAAUCUGGCCAUCCCGGGCCUCAUGCUGCGCCGCCUGCGCAAGGGCAACCUGGCCAUCCACUCCAUCAUCCCCAACCACGCCGACAAGGAGCGUUUUGCCACGCGUUGCAAGGCGGCUACCGUGCUGCUCUACGACGAGGCCACGGCCGAGUGACAACCCGAGCCCGGUGCUCCUGCCUCGGUGCUCGGACUGCUCCUGCAGAAGCUACGCGACGACGGCUGCCAGGCCCACUACCUCCAAGGUGGUUUCAACAAGUUCCAGACUGAGUACUCAGAGCAUUGUGAGACCAAUGAGGACAGCUCGUCUUCGCCCAGCAGUUCGCCGCCCACCUCGGUGCUGGGCCUGGGGGGCCUGCGCAUCAGCUCUGACUGCUCCGAUGGCGAGUCAGACCGAGAGCUGCCCAGCAGUGCCACUGAAUCGGAUGGCAGCCCUGUGCCAUCCAGCCAGCCAGCCUUCCCCGUUCAAAUCCUGCCCUGCCUCUACCUCGGCUGUGCCAAGGACUCCACCAACUUGGAUGUGCUCGGCAAAUAUGGCAUCAAAUAUAUCCUCAAUGUCACUCCCAACCUACCCAACGCCUUCGAGCAUGGUGGCGAGUUCACCUACAAGCAGAUCCCCAUCUCUGACCACUGGAGCCAGAACCUCUCCCAGUUCUUCCCUGAGGCCAUCAGCUUCAUUGAUGAGGCCCGCUCCAAGAAGUGUGGUGUCCUGGUGCACUGCCUGGCAGGCAUCAGCCGCUCGGUGACGGUCACCGUGGCCUACCUAAUGCAGAAGAUGAACCUGUCACUAAAUGAUGCCUAUGACUUCGUCAAGAGGAAAAAGUCCAACAUCUCACCCAACUUCAAUUUCAUGGGGCAGUUGCUGGACUUUGAGCGGACGCUGGGGCUAAGCAGCCCAUGCGACAACCACGCGCCCAAUGAGCAGCUGUACUUCUCCACGCCCACCAACCACAACCUGUUUCCACUCAACACCCUUGAGUCCACGUGA